GGGUGUUUGGGGCUGGCCAAGGACCGGAAGUGCGUGGGCUCCCUGGCUAGCCUUGCUUGGGGUUUUCAGGAAACAUGGAAGCGGCGGCGGUAGUUGGAGUCUAAGCACUCUUGUGACGGCCUCUCGGUGCUCUGUGAGAGGAAAGGGGAGGAUGCCACUGGAAUCAUCAUCUUCGAUGCAACUAUCCUCUUCUCCCUUACCCUUGGUGCCAGACAAUUUUACUAACUCUUCCCCUCCCCCAAUGUCUUACAUCACUUCCCAGGAGAUGAAGUGUAUUCUUCACUGGUUUGCCGGUUGGUCAGGUCCCCAGCGUGAACGUUUCCUACAGGACCUGGUAGCUAAGGCAGUGCCAGGAAAGUUACAGCCACUGCUGGAAAGUCUGGAGCAGCUUAGUGUGUCUGGAGCAAACCGACCACCUUGCAUCUUUGAGUGCCAGCUACGUCUUUGGGAUCAGUGGUUUCGAGGUUGGGCUGAGGAGGAACGCAAUGAAUUUGUCAGGCAGCUGGAGAUCAGUGAGCCAGACUUCGUGGCAAAGUUUUACCAAGCAGUAGCUGCUACAGCUGGUAAAGACUGAUAGUCAUUAAAAUCAAAGAAGAUAAGCAUAGCCGAUGGAGCCGAAGCCACAACCUUACAGUGAGAACUUUGACUAUAUCACUUAAAGAUCUGGGGAUGGUAUCUCAAUCUGUUGAUUGAACAUGAUGACCACCAAUAUAGGCCUGGUUAUUUCGAUGUUAACAGCAUGUCACCUGGACUCCUAGUGUAAAUGUUUUCCAUCUAAGCAAAUCCAGAUCAGCAGUUUGUCUUAUAGCUUGCUUCUUUUCAAGAGAUGUCAAACCCUCAAGAAUUUAAUAGCUUCCUUUGCAACUAUAACCAAAAGGCAUCUACACAUUAUAACUGAAGUCUACUGCUGGCCCAUGGGGAUAUAAAGUAGAGCCCUCCUACUCCAGAAACAGGAGAGAAAGGCAAUAAAAGGUCAUAGUUUUAUAGUUGAGCUGGAUUCAAAUGGCUGGUUUCACCGCCCUUACCAGAUUCUGGCAUAAUUAUGUGACAUCCUAACCACUAACUUUCUUGUGAUGAUUUAGUAAAAUUAUGGAAAAAUCGGGAGGGUGGUAAUGAGUUACUCCUUCCUCCACGUUGAUGUUUGAAUCCAAAUAGCAAUGACUUUUUUGCUAAAGCAUAUGUGAUAUCCUUGGAGCUGGUAGCAGAUAUUCUGUAAGUUUGCUCUGCAACAAUAUGAAAACAAGUGGCACUUUUUACAGGUUGAAGGUUUAUUUUUUAUACCAAAAUAAAGAACGGAUCUUUGGAA